CUCUCUCUCUCUCUCUCUCUCCCUCUCUCUCUCUCUCUCUCUCCCUCUCUCUCUCUCUCUCUCCCUCUCUCCCUCUAUCCCUCUCUCUCUCCAUCUCUUGCUCUCUCACUAUCUCUUCUCCUUCCCUGCCUCCCUCUCUCAGUCUCUAUGAGCUUUCAGCAGACUGAUAUCAGGUUUCUAUUUUUAAAGCCCUGCUGGUCUAAUUCCUCUCUAAUGUUUCGUAGUUGUGUGGUCCCUGGUCAACCAACGAUCCCCCCCGCUAUCUAUAUAAAUACUAAAUAUACACUCUGAACCCCACUCUGAAGCCCCUUGAAUGUACAAAUAUUUACCCUUUAUGUAAACCAUGUAUGCACUCUGUAUAAACCUGAUAUAUAUAUAUCAACCGGAAACAAUCUGCAGCAUAUGUAAAUGUUUGGCGUGGCUGAGUGGUGGAGGCUGUUGACCAGUAACAGUGGCCACUGCAGAGUCUUGUGUGUGUAACCCCAGGCCUGUGCUGUCCCUCUGUGCUUCAGAACUCCAUGAAGGUGAUGUUCAAGUGCCUGUGGAAGAACUGUGAGAAGGUCCUGAGCACUUCCUCAGGGAUCCAGAGACACGUCCGCACCAUUCACCUGGGGCAGAUGAGCGACUCGGACUACAGCGAUGGCGAAGAGGACUUCUACUACACGGAGAUCGAGGUCAACAUGGACAGCCUAUCGGAGGGCCUGUCCAGCCUCACCCCCACCUCGCCCACCACGGCCGGACCUCCGCCCGCCUUCCCGCCUGCACUAGCCCACAUCCCCCGCUCCGAGCACAUCUGCGUGAAGGGGGUCCCCGGCGACGCCCCCAGCCUGCUCAGCCAAUCGGCCCCCUCCACGCUCUGCCACAUCCGCACUGACCACGCCUACCAGGGUCCAUUAAGUCAUGUCCGGGCUGUGAGCACAGGGGAGCGUAGGCAAGCUGUGCCCGGCGCCAACACCACUGUCAACAAGACCCACGCUCUGACAACACCGGCACCCAAACCAGCCCUGGGAACCAGACCCCGAGGGGAGGCGAAGAAGUGCAGGAAGGUGUAUGGCAUGGAGAAGCGUGACAUGUGGUGCACAGCCUGCCGCUGGAAAAAAGCCUGCCAGAGAUUCACCGACUAAAAGGCCACCCCCCUUGCUUCAUCGAGAUGGUCUCCUCCGUGAUCCAGAGCCACAGUGAGGCGGACUCCUCCAACGAGGAUACGGGGGUGGUGGGGAAAGAGAAAUGACUUGACUAUGAAGCUCUCAGCACUGCUUCCCUACAGCUUUUGUCUACCCACUGCGCUGGCUUCAAACACAACAACAAAACCAACGGAAUUACAACUGGUGGGUUAACACGCGCUCAAGAAAAAACCUAAAAAAACCUAACGUAUGUUUUUUCAGAACUGAGAGAUUUGUAAUCUGCUGGCCUUGAUUCAUGACAGUUUGAAGACUUAAAGAUAAGCUUUUUUUCAUAUAUUCAUGUGAUCACCAGGAUCGUGUUUAAGCUACUGUUAAGGUGGGGUUGGGGUGUAGAAAAUCUUGUGGGGUUAAACCCACUUUGCUCCAUCAGCAUCUUUGAGGAUAUACGUUUGUCUGUUUGUCUGUUUAUUUGACAGCAGAUCUACCAAAGGCAAUCAUUAAUCAAAAUCUUGUUACAGCCAGUUCAAUUUCAAUGCCCAUCUGUAAAUAGGCAGAACACACGGCUAAGAACCUCUACUUCCCCUCUUUUAUUUUUUUGGAAUAAGCAUUAACAGUAGAAAAAACUAUUAUCUUCAACUUCCACCGUCUGACAUUAUUUCUGUCUGACUCCAUAAUGUGAGAUAUGUGCUUCCUGUAUAGGAAACAAUCAAAAGUUCUGCGCGUUGUACAUCUGUCAUUUGCAUAAAUGCACGUAAAAAAAAAAAAGACAACAAAAAAAACGCUCACACAAAGUGGUACAAAAAGUUUCUCUUUCGUUUCUAAUCAAACAUGUUUAAGAAUAUCCACUUUUUAUUUCGUAGCUGUAACCUAGAUAUGCACCUUGAAGAAUUAUGUCUUCUCUCAGUAUCACUGUAACCACAGCAUACUCCCGGAAGAGUGGAUCUCAACCUUCUUAUUUUCUGCAACUAGUUGCCGUGGUAACUGGUGGUUGCACUGUGCAAUCUGUAGGAUUGCAAUACGUGAUAUUGUCUCUUGCUUUGAGUUGAUUCGUUAGUGUUUAAACAAGUCUUCAGAGGCGUGCGCCUGCGUGCGUGUGUUUGAUUUUGUGUGUGUGUGUGUGUGUGUGUGUGUGUGUGUGUGUGUGUGUGUGUGUGUGUGUGUGUGUGUGUGUGUGUGUGUGUGUGUGUGUGUGUGUUUGCGUGUGUGUAACUCACACAGCAAACUUGCUAUCAGGUCGAUCUCCCCCGAAUCACUGACUAAUUGCUGAUAUAUCCAACAGCUCACAUUCAAACAUGUUUAAGGCGUGUAGGGCCUUCAGCGUAUGACACAUUAUGAUGGCACAAAGCCAUUAUAGGGCACUCAUCAUGUAUUAAAAUAACCACGAUUGGACCGAACAAGAAUUGUAACUGUCUUUCAGAAUUAGGAUGGAUUGAGGAUUUUAGCAACAUAAUUAUGGCAGUUACGGUCACACAAUCACCUUUCCCUGAGGCAUUUCGUUUUAUAUUGUGAGCUUGAAAGCAUUCCUGUCCUACAAGUGUAUCAAGAAAAUCAAGUCGUUCUGUCCUGUUACAGUAAUCACUGCCCUCUAGUGGAUAAUAGUCAGGUUACACAAUGCAUUUUACUCAAUAAUAAGUUGCCUCUCAACUCGAAUAGCUUUCAAUAUUGAUGUGACUGAAAGUCAUGCCGCAUUACUUGUGCCGCAUAAAUACACAGGUGCACGCACACACUCAAACAAACAAACAGACGGACACACAUACAUGCACACAUACACACACACAAACAAAAAAAUACAGAGUGCCUGUUUCUUCCUAUUUGUUAACUUUUGUAAAAGAUAAACAUAUGACUGCACAACGAUUUGGAUUGGCAAUAUAACCUCUCUGUUGCCAUAGGGACGCCUGCGCUGCAAGCGAAAUGUGUCCAGCGCAGCAUCAUUGGUGACUUGUCAACCCUUCCAAUACAUCCCAAGGGAAGACACGCGCCUCGUUAGCUUGGAUGCUAAUAGUGGUCACAAACUGGCGUAUAUAGUUAGACUUUAACAAAUACCAGUCUUUUCUUGUUUGGUAAACCAACGUUUUAUUUACAUUUUGGGCUUUUUUUCCUUGAAAAAAAAAAAAAAGUUUAUUUGCCUGUAAAGAAUAAAGUCCAGUGGAAUCUCAGAUAAGCUAGGUUCUGCUCGCUAUCUUAGUGUGAAAACAGUCUACAGGUAUAUUCCGGUCAAAUUCACAAAGUGCCAAUGACAAGAACAUAGAAAAAGGAACGGUGUGUAUAUGUACCUAAUAAAAUUGCACUAACUUGCACUGCGCAAAGUCAUGUUUUUAUACAUGGGAAUUUUAUAAAAACAUUUUGAAGUAAAAUGGUAUUUCUUUUUUCAUUUGUUUUUGUUUAGUUCUAUCGGGAAAUGUUGGGGGGGGGGGGGGGGUAAAUCACUGCCUGAUGGGGCUUCAGGGAUGCGGGAGGGAGGGGGUGUCGGGGUGAUGUGUUUCACCCUGUGUUGCACUCUGUGCUGAGGAUGGUUUUCGACAGAACCUAGUUUGGUGGAUAAGAUGCCGAUUAAAGUGUUGUGGGUGUGUGCCUGUUGGGUGUGGUACGAGCAGGAGAGUCAGAGUGGCAGCAGUGGGAAGCGAUCGGCGUCACUCGGUAGUACAUCAUGAUAGGUGCUCUGUAAAUGCCGGGAGUCUCCUGAAGAAGACCCUUUGACUCCCUCCUGUAAAAUAAGUAAUAUCUUCCCCUCGCCUCUAUUCUGCUUGGAGUGAGUCUAGCUGUGGUGGUUGGUGCAGUGUUCGGCGACCAGUGUCCCAGUGUCCCUCCCGUUGUUGUUCAUUGGUGUUGGUGUUCCUGAGGUUCUCCAGCGUGGCCGACCGAGGUUCUCUUUCUGUCUCUCUCUCCAUCGCCAGUUGAAAAGCACUUUACAAUUUUUUCCAUCAGCAGUUGCAGAGAUCGGUGCUUUUAUCGGACGUUUCGCACGAGUGCAAACUGUUUCAGGUCCAUGGUCUCUGCCUACCAUCGUUUUCUUUUUGAGUGAAUUGCACUAAAAUGGCCGCCACAGUCCACCGGUCCGGGUGCUUUCGUCCUCAGGUGUGCUUAGGAACGCUUGGUCAGAGAGAACUCUGGGGAAAGACAAGAAAUAGUUUGUUCUUGAGAAUAGAACCACAAAAGUGACGAACGACCGAAUUAAACGCUGAACCUAAACGUUUGGGCGAGUGGGAGCAGUGCCAGUUUGAAACUCACAUCAUGUUGGAGGUCAGAGGUGGAACUUGGAGGUGGCGUGGAGAUGCCAGAACAGGGAACAAGUUUCAGCUCUGAAUGAGUGGGCCUGGGGGAAUUGGGCACUGGCAGGUAAAGAGUAGUGGGAUAUAGACUAUUAUAGAUUAUUAUGUUGUUAGAUGGAUUUGUAGUUGCAGGGCUUUCCUGUAUAAACACAUCAUAUAGACACAUCCGCGAUGGCUUGUUUUCUUACUUUUUAUCUGUGAUGUUAUAUCUGUUAAAUUAAAACAAACUGUUUUACAGCAUAAGUUAGUCGCGUAGAAAAUUUUCCUCUGUGUGUGUAUUUUAAGGCAAUUUCCAAGCUAUAGUAAACUUGUAAAGACGCAAAUGUAAAUUGUAGCUUAGAGGCAAGUGGGAGAAGACAACAACCGGUUGAAUGUAAAGCGUAAAAAAGAAAAGAUUGUGUGUUUAUUUCCCUUGUUAUUAUGCUGGCUUCUGUUAUCAUGAACCUGUAGCGCUUCCUGACUUUACUAUCAAAUCACACACACACACCAGCAAGAGACCCACCGCCACAUUUCGUAAUCAACAUACACACACACACAACAAUGCAGUAUUCAGCUUCAAUAUCCUACUUUGUGCAAUGAUAUGGUUUAAAAAAAAUUGAACAACUAACCUGAGCUUAUGGCUCCUGCAGAUAAUCGUCUUGCCUUCUCCAUGCCAAAUGUCAGAUAUGUCAUAUUUGUAUUAUUUUCCGUUAUUGUAGUCGGUGUUACUUGUGCUUUUUUCGUGUCAAAGUUUAUGCCAGGCAGGUUCACGUUUUGGCCUUCUGGGGUCUGUCUUGAGGACAGUGGUUUAGACCGGGUGUGAAGAUCUGUCCUGCCUCGCACAUUCCAGCAGACAGCAAAGCCUCGGCCGUCAUCCGUAUUGUGUCUACGACCGAAUCCCACGUGUUAAUGUCUCCUGUGAUCUUCUUCACUACAUUUCUAGGCCCUGUACGUUUACUCCCCUGUUCCGUCGCUUGCCUCCUGUCCUGUGCUGCUUCACCGCUACCCCCCCUCCCCCCAUCCAUGUGUCUAUACAGUUGAUUAAGCUAAUUAUACCCUUAAAAUGUGCAUCAUUGAAAAACAAAAAGAAAAAAAGCUUUCUCUUUUCCCAAAUACGAGCUGAGAUAAGUUAAGAGAGGUGGAUGUUGCUCUCCUGAUUGUCGAGGUUCUGUCGUUGUGUACGCCAACCGGCGCCCUUUCAGAGCGACAGGGAUCAACAAAGGCAGCUCCGCCGCCCGCCUCUUGCUUCCACUCCACUGCUGAGCUCCACAAUCCCCUGUUUUGCAUUUCUGUUUGUUUGUUUGCGUACGUCGUCUGUGUCACGCUGUCUUCUGUUGAUUUCUAUCUCUGCUUGCUGUGUCCAUACUGAGCCCAGUUAGCGACUGUUGUGAAAGCUGACCCUUUGCUUCUCAUUGAUUGAUUGAUUGAUUGAUUGACAUGUAAAGUUGUUAUCAUGCAUGUUUAGCCUCGCUUGUUUAUGUUAUUUUCUUUAUCAUUUCUUUUUCCCUCCAUACUUUUUUUUCUUUAUUCUUUUAAGAGAUAACACUGAAGGUUUUUAAUGUGUGUGUUUGCUUGUGUUCUGCGUGUGUCUACGCUUGCCUUUACAGCAGCAAUCAGCCGUUGAUCAUAUAAAAUGAUCCCCCUUUUCCAUUCACCAUGCUUCGUGGCUCAGUGAUGCUAUGCUAUGGGAGACAGAGAGGGAAAUACACACAGCUUCAGCCUUAGGCCGCGACCGCUGGGGGGGGCUAUCCACUCCACAGCCCCCAUACAUACACACACACAUAAACACAUGCAUACACACAGGAAGCAUUUUCUUAGGAAUGAUGCCCUCAAGGAUAGUGUGAAUGGCAAGCCUGUGAGAAGUGCUUGGGAAGAUGGAUGACCUUAUAUGGACAUGUGAUGAUGAUGCUGGCCAUGUGAUCGAUGUGAUGCUAUGUAAAAUGUCAUGGAGAGAAAAUAAAAACGUGAAUGGAUGAAGUGGGUGCCUUUUGGUUGUGUUUAUUUCAUAUUUAGUGACGCUGAACAGCAUAUAUAUUUAUGUGUAACUAUACUGAGAAAAUUACAUAUCAGUGGAGAAAAUAAAUAUGAUGAGUUGUACUUUAUUCAUCCCAAACGGGUAUAUUUCUGAAUAGGAAUAUGUCAUUGGAUUGGAAGAAUAAUUAGUGUCAGUGUACUAACUUGAAUUUAAUAUAAAUUAAUGAAUGGAUAAUUUAUACUCAUAUUUUUUAUUUAUUCAAUUUUUUUCAAGGAUAUUUCACAUCCCCUAUUAUAACUUAGGCAACUAAAGGAUCAUAAAAUGGACGCCACACAUGGUAACUUCUUUACAGCAGCAAUUUCAAAAUUUAUUGAGACUGAUUGGUUUUUUGCAAAUAAAAGUCAAGCUAACUUGUCCACCACACAUGAAGUUCAAAACAGGCUUGAGAGACCUCUGAGGGUCCAAGCCAACACCGACAACAGAAGGCUUGUGGUUGACCGUAGAAAUAAUUUUUUUAAGUGAUUAGUAUUUGCAACCCAAAAAAAUAUUUGCACAUGGAGCAAUUAUUCUGCCCAAAAAAAUUAAACAAGUGUAAAAAUGGGACAGUGUUUUUUGUAGUUUUUUUGUAAUUAUUUAACACAUUUUGUUACAAACACAGGUUAAUGUUCAUUAUCGAUAUAAAUUCAGUGUCAAUAUUGAACAAUAUUAUUCCAAACCAAAAAAAAUACCUUGGGCUGCGAAUGUGACCCUUCACAAAUAAAAGACACACCGCCAAACCCAAGAAAAUAAAUAAUAUAUAAUAGCAAUAUAAAUUCAUAUAUAUGAAGGUAUACACACAUCACUCUUAAAAGAAGAAGAUAAUCUGAAAUAACAAACGAAAAAAGAUCAGAUUUGAAAUAUAGUAUAAUAUAGAUAUACCCAUAUCUAUGGCUUCAUGAUUUGCACGUGGUAAGCGAUAAAGGCUAAAUCAGGGAUUGCAAAAAAAAUUACACAAUGUCUAUUUAAUACCCAUAGUCUGCAGAGAUUUAAAAAAAAGCAAACAGUUCCAGUUUGGCAUUGUGUGGAAUAAUAUAGUUGUAGUUGUCUGCGGAUGACUGAAAAAAUUGCGCUUUGGUAUGACGAAAUGAACACAGGCAUGCAGUUAAGAGCACAGAAUAAAGGGCACAGAGUGUCAUCAACACACCAGAUAGGAAGAAACUAAAUCCAAAAAACGAGCCGGUCCCUUAUUUUUUUCUAUUUUUCUCUCUCUCUCUCUCUCUACAAUAACAACAACAACAACAACAACAACAACAACAACAGUCUUUCCUCCAGAAGUUUGCAUCUUUGAUCAGAUUCAUCGUUUCAUCCCAAUAAUCUCUUCUUUCCAUCCAUCGAUAACCAAAUAUUAAUUUAUAUAUGGACGCACACAAGCACAAACACACACACACACACACCCUCUCUCUCUAUCUCUCUCUCACUCUCGCGCUCACACACAGACCCGAUGUAGGUGAGAUGUCAUUGAGGCACAUAUUGUUUGGGGAGGAAGGGAGGGGGCCAGGGAGAAGGAGGGGGGGGGGGGGGGGGGGUUGAUGGUGAACAUUUUCCUGAAGUUACAACCCAGCAUGAGGAAGAGGACGUACAGUAAAGGCAGUGAGGAGGAUGACACAGGGGGUUCGGGAUGGGGUGGUGGUGGUGGUGGUGUUGGGUGGGGGGGGGGGGGCGAGGUGGGGGCGGGUUCCAUGAACACACAGCACCACGGGACGCGGGAUUGGUCACGGACUCUCGGAUCCCAAAUCUUACUGUCAAACAUUCAGAAAAAAACAUCCUACCCAUUGGUUGGCUUUCUUCCCUAUAAAACUAGCAGUAUUCUGUCAAUGGGCCAAGCGUCACCACAAUAAAUAACCGACAUAAAAAAACACUUGAAUAAGGGCUGUCGUCAGGCAAGAAGAACAAAGUGUCUCGUUGUGACAGUGACUGUGAGAGUGGCCUGGUGGCCACUAACGUGUUCACAACACACACACGGUUCCACUGAGGGACCACGGAUGCAUCACAUGGCCCCUGAAUGUCCAUGUGCCAGAACUCGAAGUGUAUGCAACACUAGGACCCAGAGCAUGUCGAUCCAGUGAUGGGCGUGUUAUCUGAGUGCUGUAUUUCUACGCUUUCAGUCAGUGCUUCCUGAAUUUGUUCCAUUUGAGGUGUUACGCAAUGAUGAAACAUCUAGGGUCUGUGAAAUCGCAUUUUAGGUUUUUAGGAUGCAGUCUUCAUAAAAUAGCAGGUCUGUUCAACCGCAGCGCUUCAUAACACACACAGUAAUACAAUAACGUGCACUUUAUAAACUGUUACAAAUGGUGACAUAUUUCAAAUUAAAACCUCAAAACAAAUGACAAAAAGCUAUUAACCACAAUAAUUAAUUCAAAAAAUUACCUGCACACACAUACACACAUACACGCACAAACAUACACGCUCACACGCGCAGAUAAGCACACACUGAAACAAAAGCACUUCAUGUAUGCAAGGUACUUGAUUGUUUUUGGUUUGAUGUUGAUCAAUUAGAGUACAUCUUCGAUGCAAAAGCGCGUUUCUCAAUGUAUGAUAAUCAAUAUCGAACAGAUACCUUUGAAAAUUCAAAUUAUUUCCCUCGGUAGAAAAUAUGCAAUUACGACUGAAAAAGCGUCAAACUGGCACAAUAAAAGGUUGAUAAAAGCCCUAUGGCUUGCUGUCCACAACAAGGCAAAGUAUAAAAGCUCUUUAUUCUUAUACAAGAUAGAAAAUAUCAAAAAGAACACACGAUAAAGCUUAGCAUCCAGCACUUCAAUCAUAAUCAUUAAUUAUAUAAACAGCAACAACAGCAACAACAGUAAUCAAAGUUCUGAUAGUUUUAAUAUCAUAUCGACCGCCCUAUUUUUGAAUUGUCUU